AUGAACCCGCUAAAUCAAACAAGAGUGACUGAAUUUGUCUUCUUGGGACUUACUGAUAACUGGGUGCUGGAGAUAAUAUUUUUCGUGGCAUUCUCAGUCACUUAUGUGCUAACUCUUUUGGGGAACAUUGUCAUCAUCGUUAUCAUAGUCUUUACUUCACGUCCAACACCCAUGUAUUUCUUCCUGAGCAAUCUCUCCUUUAUUGAUAUCUGCCACUCAUCUGUCACUGUGCCCGAUAUGCUGGAGGGCUUUCUUUUAGAGAGAAAGACCAUUUCCUUUGACAACUGCAUUGCACAACUCUUCUUCCUACAUCUUUUUGCCUGUGCUGAGAUCUUUCUGCUGACCAUUAUGGCCUAUGAUCGUUUCGUAGCCAUCUGUACUCCAUUACACUACCCCAAUGUGAUGAACAUGAGGGUCUGUGUACAGCUUGUCUUCGCUCUCUGGUUGGGGGGUACUAUUCAUUCACUGGUGCAGACCUUCUUGACCAUUCGUCUAUCUUACUGUGGCCCCAACAUUAUUGAUAGUUACUUCUGUGAUGUGCCUUCUGUCAUCAAACUGGCCUGCACAGAUACAUACCUCACCGGAAUGCUAACUGUGUCUAACAGUGGAACCAUCUCUCUUACCUGUUUCCUGACCUUGGUCAUCUCCUAUACGGUCAUCCUGAUUUCCCUUCGAAAACAGUCAGCUGAGGGGCGCUGGAAGGCUCUGUCUACCUGCUCAGCCCACUUCAUAGUGGUUGUCCUAUUUUUUGGGCCGUGUAUCUUCAUCUACACUCGACCAGACACCAGCUACUCCGUUGACAAGGUGAUAUCUGUUUUCUAUACAGUGGUUACACCUUUGCUGAAUCCCCUCGUUUACACCUUGAGGAAUGAGGAGGUAAAAAGUGCCAUGAAGCAGCUCAGACAGAGACAAGUUGUUUUCAUGAAAUCAUACACAUGAUGGGCACUGGAAUUGUUGAUAUGGCCAUUUUCUUAAUGAA